CGAAGAGCGCAUCCUUCCAACGUCUAUAUUUCACCAACGGUCGAAAACUCAAAAAUAUAGAGAUUUCCCCAAUCCCUCUCGAUCUCAAUCUGCAGCUUAUUGUGUUAGAGUUGCUGAAACUUGAACCGAAGAAACAAAAAAUUCUCUUCCUUUGGCCGUUAUUUUUCUUUGUUUUGCAGGAAGCGCGCUGAUUUUUCCAUAAAUUCGCCCAUCCAGUUAAUAAAGAUGAGUUUUCUUGAUCACCCAGAUGACAUCGAAGCCCCAAACAUUCAGGUCUGGAACAAUGCUGCCUUUGACAAUGGAGAAUCCGACGUCUUGGCUACUGUUAGAACUCUUUCUUGGUCGACUGUGCAAGAUUCCUACAAGAACCACUCCUCCGAAUUGCAGACUGAUUGCAGCAAAGAAAAUUUGUGCCCUCUGAGUCUGAAGACCCCUGCUUCUGUCAAAUACUCUGUUCCUGCAAAGCCGCUCAGUCGCAAUGGCGUCAUUGAAAAUUCACAAGGGAAGCCACUGAAAACGCCUGGUAUGGUCUCGGCAAAGCUGUAUGCGGCGAAAAGGAAGGAGGAGGAGGAGGACGUGAUUUGUAAGGAGAGAAAUAUUGAUGCGGAAAUCGAGGAAACGGAGAAGGAAAUCAGCCGAUUGUCGACGAGAUUGAAAGCUCUUCAAAUUGAAAAGGCAGGACAGAACGCGGCAAGAACAACAGUCCAGAAAGGUGGAACAUUUGUGCCCUUGAAAUCAAUUGAGCCGAAAGUAAGUGGUAAAAAUUCAGAUGCGAUCAAAACGUUUGAUUACGCUUUAAUUGACUCGAAGAUUGGUCAGAGAGGCCUCAGUUUGGGGCCAUCGGAAAUACACGCCGGCGUCGGAGCUCGGCGGCAAGGAAAGACGGAACUCACUCCUGCUCAGCGGUUGCAGAGUCGUCGGCAAUCAUGCCUUCCGAAAUUACUAGACAUUGACGAACAGAAGGGGAAUAACAGAAGAGGAAGCAGCAUGAGUCUUAGCCCAAAAUCGCGGAGGACUUUGAUCAAGGCUCAAGGCGUACGGCAACCAGCCACCACCGUCGUAUCCAAAAGGGCGGUGAAAAAAGAUGGGGUUCUCGAUUUAAUUCAGCCAAAGAAGCUCUUUAUUAAAGACGUUGAAAAAUCAGUACCCCCCAGUGCGAAGAAACCAAUAAGGACAGGUAGAAUUGUAGCAAGCCGUUACAGUCAGACAAACGAAAAUUCAGCAGUAGCCACAGAGAAUCGUAAGAGGUCUUUGCCGGGGAACUGCAAAGACGACGGAAGUAGCAGAUAUGACAAGCGGCGGUCUUCGUCGGAGCUGUGCCGGAGCAAGGCGCCGCAGACCCGGGUGAAGAAGCGGUGGGAAACCCCAAGUGAGAGUGAAAUAAUGGCUCUCCAACAAGAAAUGGAAGAAAACUGUGCAUCUUCAGUUUCCAAGGUGGGGGAUAUGCUUCCAAGGAUUAGGACGACUCGCUGUGCGAAUCAGAGCCCAAGGGACUCGGGACCGGCCAAGAGGGUGGCUGAAUUGAUUGAUAGUAAGACAAAUUUUUUUGCUGAUGAGGAGAUGGAAGCAUCGAUCUGUCAGAAGUUGAAUUUCGCUGAGGAUGAGGAGGAAGAAUGAGGUAACGGCGGAAGUGUUGGUGUUCUCUUAAACCCUUGGUAUUUUUUAUCUCAGCAUUAUGUGAACCAUAACCCCUGUUAUGGAAACAGCCAAACAGGAAGAACUUCUUCUUUGUAGACUUGUGUUUGUGCAAAUUAAAUAAAAGAUCGAGCUUUCGCUUUUCAGGA